UUCCCUUUUCCCCCUUUUUCCUUUUUUUUUUUCCCCCCUUUCUCCUUUUUCUUUUUAACCUUUUUCCUUUUUUUAUCCCAUCCUUUUUUUUUUUUUUUUUUUUUUUUGGCGGAUUUCCCCUCCCCUCCCGGCCAGCCCCUCGGACGUGCUCGCUCCCCGGAGGAAAGCACCGCGCCCCGCCGAGCCCCGGGGACCCCGCGGAUGUGCCAAGCUCCCCCCGGACCCCCCCAGCCUCCUGCCUGCUCUCCUGCCGCCCUCACCGCCCCUUUACCCUCCCGCACCUCCAUUUUUCCUUUUUUUUUUUUUUUUUUUUUAAAGCAGCACCGCGGGCGGGGAGGGCUGAGGGGGGGGGGGGCCCAGCGACGCUGCCAGACCGCCCCUCGCCCAUUUCUCGGAAGGAACUCUCAUGGCUUCACAGCUGCACACAAGUUGCCCUGCAUCUUGGUGGACUAUCGGAGUUUGCAUCCUGGCGGCCGCGCUCUCCCCAGGGCUGCAAGCUCAGACUGUCUUAGUCAAUGACACAGUCUCGGGGUUUAUCGGGACAGACGUGGUCCUGCACUGCAGCUUCACCAACCCGCUCCCCAAUGUGAAGAUCACGCAGGUCACUUGGCAGAAAGCCACCAACGGCACCAAGCAGAAUGUGGCCAUCUACAACCCGGCCAUGGGGGUCUCCAUCCUCUCACCCUACAAAGAGCGGGUGACUUUCCGGAACCCGUCCUUCAAAGAUGGCACAAUUCAGCUCUCCCGGCUGGAGCUGGAGGAUGAGGGGGUGUACAUCUGCGAGUUCGCCACCUUCCCCACCGGCAACCGGGAAAGUCAGCUGAAUCUCACCGUGCUGGCCAAGCCCACGAAUCGGAUGGAGGGCACCACGCGGCCCCUCAUCGCCAAGGCUGGCAAGACAGAGAAGAUCCUGGUAGCCACUUGCACCUCCUCGAACGGGAAGCCCCCCAGCACCGUCACCUGGGACACCAAGCUCAAAGGGGAAGCGGAGUUCCAGGAGAUCCGGAACAGCAACGGCACCAUCACGGUGAUCAGCCGGUACCGCCUGGUGCCGAGCCGGGAAGCCCACCGGCAGCAGCUCAUGUGCGUGGUCAACUACCAGCUGGAGCGCUUCACCGACAGCAUGACCCUCAACGUGCAGUAUGAGCCAGAAGUCACUAUCGAGGGGUUCGAUGGCAACUGGUUUCUCAAUCGGAAGGAUGUAAAGCUGAUCUGCAAGUCUGACGCCAACCCCCCCGCUCACACCUAUGAGUGGAAGCUGCCAAACGGGACGCUGCCCGGGAGCGUGGAAAUCCAGAACAACACCAUCUACUUCAAAGGGCCCGUCUCCUACAGCGUGGCUGGCACCUACAUCUGCGAGGCCUCCAACGCCAUCGGGACCCGGUCGGGCUUGGUGGAAGUCAAUGUCACAGAAUUUCCCUACACCCCGUCUCCAAUCGAUGAUCGCAAAUCCAUGGUGCAGCCGAACAUCCCCACCCCCGUGAUCGGGGGCAUAGUGGGAGGCGUCUCGCUGGUCCUGGUGGUGGCCGUGGUGCUUUUUGUGGUACUCCGGCGCCGGCGUCACACCUUCAAGGGUGACUACAGCACAAAGAAGCACGUGUACGGCAACGGCUACAGCAAGGCCGGCAUCCCGCAGCAUCACCCCCCCAUGGCCCAAAACCUGCAGUACCCCGACGACUCGGACGACGAGAAGAAGCCGGGCCCGCUGGGCGGCAGCACCUACGAAGACGAGGACGAGGACGCGGGAGGCGAGCGCAAGCUGGGCGGCCCCAACAAGUACGAGGAGGACGCCAAGCGGCCUUACUUCACGGUGGACGAGGGCGAGGCGCACCCCGAGCCCUACGACGAAAGGACACUCGGCUUCCAGUACGACCCCGAGCAGCUCGACAUCGCCGAGAACAUGGUGUCGCAGAACGACGGAUCCUUCAUUUCCAAAAAGGAGUGGUACGUGUAGCUCGCCUCCUGGCUCCAGCCACGCGCCCGCACGCAGACACGCGCCCGCCAGCUCCCCCCGCGUCGCCGCCAAGCCCAGCAGCGGGGCCCCCGCACCCCCCGCACGCGCCCCCCGCACGCCCCCCACGGACUUCGGAGGCUCCGGCGCUGGCGAGCGGGUGGGGGGGGGGGGACAUGGGGGUGGGGGGUGGGGGCGCGGGGAAAGCUUUGCUUACGGAUCGUUUUUUGUUUUGUUUUUUUUUUUUUUGGGGGGGGGGGGGGGGGAGGCGGGGACGGGCCGGGAGGUGGGAGGUCGGGUAAUUAUUUCCUCGGUUUUGGUUUUGCCUUUUUAAUUUCUCUCGACGACUUUUUCGUCCCCUUCUGUGGUGUUUGUAUUGGUCGGUGGCGUAGGUGUUACUAUUUGCUUUAACGACUGGUGCCCAGCCUGUAUAUUACACUCUGUUCGUGUCUUCAUAGCUCAGGGGGCCCUUCGGCCCCGCGUCCCUCCCCGAGGUUUCUCCUCCCACUCCCACACCCCUGAAACACUGGAAUUUGUUUGUAUGUUGUCGUCUUCUUCUUUGUUUUAACCUGGGGAGGGGGCCAGCCGGGCUGUCCGCAGGACAGAGGCCAGAGAAGCUCGUGGCGAAGGGAACGGAGGGGCCAUUGUUGGGUGGAAGGACUUUUCUUCCUGAGCACGUUGUUCCCAGCGGGGUCUGGGUGCUGUUCCCAUCGCCCGCUGCGCGCCUGGGGGACCCGCUCCCAGGUUUUAAUGACUCAAUAAAAGGAAAAUGAGGAGAGAAGGGGGAGGAAAGCCCCAAAACAAGCCCCGGGUGCGCGGGCUGAUAGCAGGGCAGGGAACCGGAGCUGCCAUUUUCCUCCUCCCAUUUAUCACCUCCUGCCUUUUCAUUUUCCGUCUUUGUCGGAGCGUUCUUUUUAAAAGAAAGACGAGGAGUAUUUAUUGCUGACAUAUUUUUUUUUCCCCCCCGCGAUGGCUCGAAGCAGCGCUGGCCCCUUCUCGCAGCCGCUGCUGCCCCGGCUGCGGGCACGCACCCUGCAGCCUCCAGCCCCGGGCUGCACCCGGGGGGGCAGCGCUCCCACCCUGCCCGCGGUGCUGCAGGGGCUCGGGACAGGCCCCGUGCUUUUAUUAUACCACUAAGACUUAAUUGUCAUGUGUUUACACUUGAUUUUUUUGUUUUUUUUUCUUUCUCUCUUUCUUUCGGUCAGAGCAUGCGGGCGGCUCAUAACUCUUCUAGCAGCGGCCCGAGCCCGUAGAUACGUUGCUUCGCCUGCGUUGAUUGCCACUUUUCCGAUAUCCUCUCCCUCUGAUAAGCAAAGCCUUGGUAGAUAGGGCAGGAGGGAGUGAGCCUGGGGUAUUGAUCUCGUCCUCCUUCCCCCGGGCCCCUGCGUUGGGAUGGGGGCUCGGACUGCUGCUAUCUCUGCUCCGUGGGUAAAUGGGACUCCAGGCUCCCGGGCCCUCUGACACUGACCUUAUCCAAAUCAGAUUCACUGGGUUGGGGAUUAUCGCUCUUCUUCUUCUUCUUCUUCUUCUUUUUUUUUUUUAAUUUUUAUUUUAUUUGUUUUUUGUUUUGUUUUGUUUUUUAAUUUGAUGUAUAAAUAAAUCUUUUGUUUGAAAAGAAACCCCCAGUUCUCCGAGCCGUGUUAUCACGCACAUCUAAAAAUAGCAGGACUAAUUCUCCUCCUGCCCUACCCGCUGGGUUUUGUUCCCUAGCAUCCAGCGGUUAUCCUGCUGCAGGAGGGCGGCUGCAGAGCCAGACCCACGCAGAUGAGUCAAGGUCAGCUCUCUGAUCCAGGCGGCCUCCGGUGCUUUCCUCGGGCGUGCGGCGCUCGGGCCAGGCAGCAUCGAGCUCAGGCCGAGCCACCCGCAGUUUGCAGCUCGCUUUUAUUGCAUUAGCGGUGUACGGGAGUGGGAAAUCCGAUUGCUGCCCCGGAAUCGUGCUGCUGUUCCUGCCAGCCCUGCCUGCUUCCUGGCUGCUGGCAGAACAGCCCCGCGCCGCAGGAAGCGCUGUGUCCGCCUCAACCUUAAGGCUGACCCUUACCAAAACACGGCCGGACCUUCCCCUGUCCCCCCACCGCCAGCAGGAGCACCCCACAACCAAGCAGCCCCCAUAGGGGAUGAAAUCUCUGCCGUCCCUCCGUAACAGAUUGCACGGGGCUGUUGCACGCUGCAGGGUCCAGCAGCGAUUCUUCCACCUCCUGCAGUGCUCCCAGGAGGGCUGAUCCGGCAAACUCGCCUUGCGCUGGCUCCCCAGCAUUUCAGAGCCCCAAACUGCUCCCAGUUUGCUGAUGCCGUAGUUAUUACCCUCGCUUUGAGGUGUCAGUGUGGGGGAUGUAGCCUCCUUGGCUUGUCCAUUGCCCAUCUGGGGGCUCGGGAGAACAGGGGGCUCGGAGGAAGAAGAGGAGAUAGCAGGUGGUGCAUCGCCAAGGUCCCCUGGUCCUUUCCUCUCCUCCUCGUCCCUGGGCCCUUUGGCAUCCCCCCGUUGGUGCACUUGUCCCCAGAUGCCACCUCAGGGCAGUGAUUUGCUUCUUGCCGCCCCUUGCAAGGUCGGCUAACUGGCCAAAAGACUCUUGGGGUGGUAAUUACCAAGUGAUUAGCCAUUAAUCUAUAGCAAGGUAGAAGAAGAAAGAAGGGGCGGGGGGGGGAAGCACCACAGAUUGAUGUUUCAUCUGAGAGCUGUUUUGAUCCGGUAACAGCCUCACUCCCCCCUCUGGGUUAAAUUGCUCAGAGGGGGCCCUUGCAGCUGAUUAGAGCAGGGCUUGCCCCAGCUGCAGGAUAAAAACCGUCCCUGUCCCCACCUCACACGAGGCUGUGUGCACCAGGGGUCCCACCAGGAGCCCCUCCGGCUUCCCAGGAGGGUCUCAGCUGACCCAAGCCCAAGCCCCCUGCUUCUCCGCUCCCCUGCCACCACAAAGUGCUGAGGAGGUGUAAAACGGCCCCGCUGGGCCCGGCCGAGGGCAGGCGGGAGGCUGGGACCCCCUCCGAGCACAUCCCUGUCCUCGCCCACCCAUCACCUGCUGCGGGCAUGGCAUUGCCCUGCCGUGCCUGGGUGCCAGGAGCUGCUGGAAAUGUCCCAAUUUACGCUGCAGCUCGUUAGCUGAGUUGGCUUCGGGCUUGGAAGGGGUCCCCAGAGAGCACCAGCGCCCUGCUCGGGGACCGGCUGCUGGCGGAGUGCCUCGGAGGCAGGGACAGCUGCCUUACCUCCGCUCGAAGGGAUCGAUCAUCGUGCAGAUCCUUUCCCCGGGUUCUUCCCUGUGAAAAGACAACGCAGCGUGGCGCUUCUCCCUCCCCAAACCUCGACCCCGGGGGGCAAUUUGGGGCAACGCCGCAGCACCUCCGGAGUCAGCCGGGUGGGCAGGAGAGGUGAGCAGGGAGCUGGGGGCUGCCCCGAGCCCCCCGGGCAUCCUGGUGGAUGUCACCCAGCUGGACAAGGGCCGAGCCCCAGCUCCUUCCCUCUGUGUGCCCAGGAGCAGGCACAUCGGUGUCACAACCCCAAACGAUCCUAUAGUUUAUGUACAGACACCCCAGCUGUUUUCCUGCUGGGGCUUACGUCUAGGAUUAUUCAUUGCAAUUCACCCUAGUGAUGUUAUUUCCCUUAUUUAAUUACUUUUUUUUUUUUCCCCCCACGGUUGUUAAAUCGUUUUCAUCCAGUCCAAGGGAAAAAAAAAAUAAAACCUGAAGAUUUCUUUAGUAAAAAAAAAAAAAAAUCAAACUCAAAUGGUAGCACCAAAUUGAUUGCAAAGACACGAGGGACAAAGGGAGCCAUUUUCCUGGUGUUGAGUCAAAAAAAAAAAGAAACACAACUGUUCAGCAGAAAUCACCGAGGGGUUGAGGGGGAGAGAGAGAGAGAGAGAGACUCAAAAGAUUGAUCUUCAAGCAAUUAGAGAAGGGAAUGCAAUUAGAAAGGGGGCUGCAGAUCUCCUUCGCUGUUUGCCUUUCCCGUACACAAGCACACAACACGCGGAUUUGGGCACUUUCAGGCUCAAAGCUCAGAGGGAAAGCCCCCGUGGCCGAGAGGAGGGGAGAUGGGUGAGGGCAUCGUGCCGGUGGCUGCAUGAAGCUGGGGGGGGGGGGGUCCGAAAUGGGUCGGGGGUCCCACGAAGAGGAGAAGCAGGGGGGAUGCUGGCGGUGAGGGGCUCACGGUGGCACCCGGUGCUGCGGAGCCACGAAAUGUGCUUGGGGUGAAGGCAACAGGCAUGCGGAGGCGGAUCCUCGCUGGCACACCCCGGUGCUGGCCGAGGUGUUCUCGCUGAGGAUCUGCUUUGUCUUUCCUUUUGCCUUUUUUAUUUUAUUUUUUUUUAAACGUGAUUCCUUAACUCCGGUGAUUUUAAUCUCGUUUUCUUCCUCCUCUUGCUGUAAUUAUCAGUGUGGAAUAAAGACUGCAGACAGACAAACAGCCCCAACCCCACUUCUUUUUCUUUUUUUUUUUUUUUAUCUGUGUUGUAAGUGCUUUUGUAAAAAAUAACAAAUAAAAAUAAUAAUAACGUAAUGGACUUUUAUGAUUAUUUUUGUUUUUUGUUUUCCAUCCUUUGUAAUAAUUUGUUUGUUUGGGGUCCAGGGGGACAUUUUCAUGGUUAUAAUUUGUGUGGGCGGGGUGUUGCAUCACCCUUCCUUUUACUUGUACAAAAAACAAUAGUGGCUCAGCUGUGGAAAAAAAAAAAUGUACUUUUUUAUAAAUAAAGAAUUUUAAAAAAAGAAA